AUGCAUUCUCAAAGUAUUCCUUUAUUUAAAGACAAUAACGAUAUCUCUAAGGGAUUAUCUGACCAAUUUAGAAACAUUAUCUCACACUGUAACAAACCCCAUUUUAUUUGUAUUUGUAAUGACCAAGGAAGUAAUGAAAACAUUAGCAUAAAUCAAAUCAUUAAUGGGAUCUCAUCAAAUGAUUACUUUCAUUUACAAGAACCAUUGAAAGUUUCAAAUGAGACUUCUACAUCAGAAACAAAUAAGUGUAAUAUUAUUGGACCAAUUCUUGUAAGUGAUAUAGUAAAAAGAAACAAUUUAGAAGAACAAGAAUUUCAACAAAUUUUAAAUGAUGAAGUGCUCUUUAUUGAAAUUACAAAACUUAAACUAACUUCUAGUACAACACUGAAUAAUAUUACUGGAAUUCUUUCUAUUCUCCAGUUAUCUUCUGUAAGAAUUAUUCAUAAUACCAAUGAAAUAAAUGCAAGUGUAUUAGAAGAUAUAUCAUCAAUUGAUAAUCUCUCUUGUUUAUUACAAUUACAAGGAAUAAGAAAAGAAGGAAAAAGAGUUAUUUGUAUUUCAUCAGAUAUUAAAACCACUACAGAAAAAGAAGAUGAACUAACUCUUAAAGAGAUAAUCUUGAAUAAACAAAAACAUAUAAACAAUCAUCUUGUAAAUUUCUUCUCUACAAAGCCACAUCAAACAGAUUGUCUUUGUUUCUUACUUCCAUCAUGUUGUCCAGUUUCUCAAAGUCAAAUCCUUUGUAGAUUUUACAAAGAACAAAUGAGAAAUAUCAUUUGUGAAAUUCUUCAUGAAGUUCCAUCAAAUUGUAAGUCUGGUUCUUAUCUUCUUUCUUGUAUAGAAAUUCUUAUUGAGUGUUUCAAAUCAAUCAAUGAACUAAAUACUAAUAACAUCUUCAAUGAAAUAAAACGAUUACUCAAGAAAAAAUAUGUUACAACUAUUAGUUCAAUCAAUAUGAAAUUAGUUGGAAUGUUUUAUGAAAUGAACUUAGAUGAAAGAAUAACUAUCAUUGAAGAUCAAUCAAAGAUAAAGAAUCUUGUCUAUCAAAUUAUUGAAAAGGAAUUUAAUCCUAUUUGGGAUGUAUUACAGAUUAUUUAUGGUGAUCAACUCACUAAUGAAUUGUUUGAUUCUAUCUCAAUCACUUCAAAGUAUUUAGAAGAAUUUAUCUUGAAAGAUACUCAAAAGAUUAUUGAUGAUUUAAUUCAUUGUAACAGUUUUAGAUUAACACCAAUGUGGACAUAUCUUACACAAAUUCAAAUCAAAGAACAUUCUAUUCAAAUAAAAAAUGUACAAGAAUAG